AAUAGUUAAGUGUGCUACAAAAGAAAUACAAAAUUUUACCAAUAAAAUAUAUAAUACAUAAAGGAAAUUUGAAAGUGUAACCAAGUUGAUUUCAAAUAAAAUACAUAAUAUGUGCUAGCAGUGGAAUUUAAGCGCAUGUAUUUUAUUCGUUUAAAAACAUAACACACAAUUUAAAGGAUAUUUUCAAAAGGAAUACACAUUUCAGACUCUAAAUGGCUUUCUCUCCACAAAGCUGUAUAAAAAUGGCGUUUUUCUAACAGCAUUAAACCACCAGCAACGUUGCCAAUUUUCAUCGAAUUAAGGCAACAAUCGGAAUAUAAAAAAAAUCAUUUUUCGGUUCUUAACAAAUCAUAAUAAUUUUAACAUUAUUUUUGUUUCCAACUACUAUAAACAAAUAAAUGGCUGUUUAAAAUCCCCCGCUCACAUCCCAUAUAAUCAAAAUAUAUCAGCUGGGCGCAAAGAAAUUUUGCCUAACCAACAAAUACGUCCAUAGGCAAACAGCUACAAACAAGACAAAUUAAAUUGAAUACAAAUAUCAAUUCAUUUGUGGCUGUAAUAUUUUGUACAGAGAUAGAAGGAGAAUAAACAAAUCCACAGAAAAUAUUUAAAACGUGCUUAAAACACCCAAAGUUUGAGUGAGCGAGCUAGCGAGCGAGAGUAAGCAACAGACAUAAUAAAAUGUCAAAAUUUUCACGUUUAAAAAUGGCCUCUCAUCAUCUAUGUACAGCAUGUACAAGUAGCAGUAUGCAAGUCUUCCUUAUAUUGACACUAUUCGUGAUUGGAAAUUUAAGUGCCUGGCAGGAGAAUGUAAGACCAAAAUUAUAUGUGGAAUUAGGUCCUGAAGAUGUUUUAAAAUUUCUCGGAAAUGAAAGUGCCGUGGAUCACUUCAAACUGGUAACGCGUGAUGGUGAUUCUCUACUAGUGGGUGCAAGAAAUAUUGUCUUUAAUCUAAGCAUACAUGAUCUACAAGAACAACAACGUUUGGUGUGGAAUUCACCCGAAGACGAUCAAAAGAUGUGUGUUGUCAAGGGUAAAGAUGAGGAGGCGUGCCAAAAUUAUAUACGCAUCAUGGUUGUUACCUCGCCCGGACGUUUAUUUGUAUGCGGUACAAAUUCAUUUCGUCCCAUGUGUAACACUUACAUAAUCAACGACAACAAUUAUACCCUGGAGGCAACUAAAAAUGGACAAGCUGUUUGUCCAUACGAUCCACGACAUAAUUCAACAUCAGUAUUUGCUGAUAAUGAAUUGUAUUCGGGCACAGUGGCUGAUUUCAGUGGCAGUGAUCCGAUUAUCUAUAGAGAACCAUUACAAACAGAGCAAUAUGAUAGCUUAAGUCUUAAUGCACCAAAUUUUGUUAGCUCCUUUACCCAGGGUGAUUUUGUAUAUUUCUUAUUUCGUGAAACAGCCGUGGAAUAUAUAAAUUGUGGAAAAUCCAUAUUUUCGCGUGUGGCACGUGUUUGUAAAUGGGACAAGGGUGGACCACACCGUUUCCGCAAUCGUUGGACUUCAUUUUUAAAGUCACGUUUGAAUUGUUCCAUACCUGGCGAUUAUCCCUUCUACUUUAAUGAAAUACAAUCUGCUAGUAAUCUUGUCGAAGGACAUUAUGGUCACUCAAGCGCCAAAUUGAUUUAUGGCGUUUUUAAUACACCAACAAAUUCAAUUCCUGGCUCAGCAGUUUGUGCAUUUUCAUUGCAGGAUAUUGCGGAUACAUUUGAGGGCAGUUUUAAGGAACAAAGUGGCAUCAACUCUAAUUGGCUGCCGGUCAAUAAUGCCAAGGUACCCGAACCACGUCCCGGAUCAUGCCAUAAUGAUUCACGAACACUUCCGGAUCCGACAUUAAAUUUCAUCAAAACACAUUCACUAAUGGAUGAAAACGUUCCGGCAUUUUUCGGUCAACCAAUUUUGGUUAGAACAAGCACUAUCUACCGAUUUACACAAAUCGCUGUGGAUCCACAGAUCAAAACGCCGGGCGGUAAAACGUAUGAUGUGAUAUUUGUAGGCACUGAUCAUGGUAAAAUCAUAAAAUCGGUUAAUGCCGAAUCAGCGGAUUCGGAUAAAACAGUAACAUCGGUGGUAAUAGAAGAAAUCGAUGUUUUGCCUAAAAGUGAGCCCAUACGCAAUUUGAGAAUAGUGAGAACAAUGCAGUAUGAUCAACCCAAAGAUGGCAGUUACGAUGAUGGUAAAUUAAUCAUUGUCACUGAUAGUCAAGUGAUUGCCAUACAAUUGCAUCGUUGUCACAACGAUAAAAUCACCAGUUGCAGCGAAUGUGUUGCGCUGCAGGAUCCAUAUUGUGCCUGGGAUAAAAUUGCUGGCAAAUGUCGUUCACAUGGUGCGCCACGUUGGCUGGAAGAGAACUAUUAUUAUCAGAAUGUCACAACUGGCCAACAUGCUGCAUGCCCCUCAGGUAAAAUCAAUUCCAAAGAUGCCAAUGUUGGCGAACAAAAAGGCUAUCGUGACGAUAUGGGCCUUCUGGAUCAGAGACGUCAAAGUAAAGAUCAAGAAAUGAUCAAUAUUAUGCAAGAUAAAAACUUUGAAGGUCCACAAAUUUCUCCAGAUAUAAUCAAUGCUCAAUAUACUGUUGAAACCUUAGUGAUGGCUGUUUUGGCGGGUUCCAUAUUCUCGCUGUUGGUAGGCUUCUUUACAGGCUACUUUUGUGGCCGUCGUUGUCAUAAGGACGAGGAUGACAAUUUACCCUAUCCCGAUACGGAGUAUGAAUAUUUUGAACAACGACAAAAUGUUAAUAGAAUUCAAGCUGAACCCAAACUAUUACCUCAAGUUGAAGAGGUAACCUAUGCCGAACCGGUUUUAUUACCUCAACCACCCAGUCAAAAUAAAAUGCAUUCACCAAAGAGUACUUUACGCAAACCCAUGCAACAUCAUGGUGCACCCAAUUCCGAAACAUUCUUCCAAUUUCAGCCCGAUGGCUACAACACACAACAAACAUAUCGUUGUCGCGAUAAUUUCGGUACUUUAAGAUCUCAUCAAGUUAUGGGUGAUAAUUAUCGUCGUGGUGAUGGCUUUUCCACCACUCGCAGUGUCAAGAAGGCUGUUAACACAAAUACACGUAAUCGAAGUCUUGGCCGUUUAAGAAGGCAGCCGCCCCGUCAUGGUAUUGUAACUCAACACCGUUCCAAUAGUCCACAACACUCCAGUUCGGCCUCAUCGCCUGUUAUGUCAAAUAGUAGUUCUAGUCCAGCACCACCAUCCAGCAGUCCAAGUCCGCAAGAGAGCCCUAAGAAUUGUAGUUAUAUAUAUCGUGAUUGAUUGAUCACAAAUACCAAAUCGAUGCCAUUAAUCAAAAAUCAAACAACAGCAGCAGCAGUAGCAGCAACUACAACAACAGCAACAAUAGAUGAAAUCGAUAAAACAGCAACAACACAAUCAACAACGCAUAAGCCGAAACAGAAAGCAAACACUGCCAACAAUAAAAUAGCAACAGCCCUAAAUGAAGCUGCUAAAACUACUAUUUCUAAUACAACAACUAAAAAAAAUAGCAACAGACAGCAACAAAAGCCGUUACAUGACAUAACCACAACAUUAACAACAGCAGCAACAACAAAAAGAAAAAAACAUUACAGCACUAGCAGCAGCAGCAACAACAAACAUAGAAAACAUAAAACCUCGUUGGCUAAAUCCGUUCCUGCCACACCUGUACAAGUAAAUCCCUUAACAACGAAUCAUUUUGUGCCAUCCUCACCAGACUUUUACGAUGACAAUGAUGAUGAUGACGACGAUGAAGUUCUCUACAUGCCACCCUAUUCAUAUCCCAAUUGUUCGUUGGACAUUUUAAAUGGCGAAUAUCUCUUUGACAAUGAAUUCAAUUUUAAUAACAUACAACAGCAGCAACAGCAUCACCAGCCUCAACAUUCCCAACCCCGACAGGACGAGGAAGAGGAGGAACAUUUUAGAGAAGCUUUAGGCGAUAAUCAUCCCUUGGAAUUGCAGCGAUACAUUGAGGAAGAUUCCUCUUCCAUGGCCAUGAUAACACCGCCACCACCCUACGAUACUCCCUACAGCAAACAGCAGCAUUUGCUGCCACAACACCAAUAUCCCUACACUUCCUCUCAACGCUAUCAACCACAUCAGGCAGCCGCCUACACAGCUCCCAAAGCACAACGUUCCCACAAUACUCCACACACCCGCAAAUAUAUCUUCAACAAUAAUCGCGAACAAUUCAACAUUAGCUCCUCCAAUGGCAAUUCCAGUUCUAACUCUAUACAACAACAGCCUCAAUCUUCAUCUCUGGGCAGCACGCUCACCAAUGCCAUCACGCCCACAAAACUAAGUGCGGCCGCUGCCGCCAUGUUUGCCGCCCCACAAAUGGUUCAGCUGAAUCGUAAAUGGUCGAAUUUGCAUCGUAAACGUCGUCGACGUAACAGUAGUUCGGGUGAUUCCAAGGAAUUAGAUAAACUAGUUCUGCAAUCGGUGGAUUGGGAUGAGAAUGAUAUUUAUUGACAACAUCUGAGCAUCAUCAAUAUGAGAUAUACAUCGUUAUUCUAAAUUUUAGGUUUUAAGAUAUUCAUUUAGUAAAG